AUGAGUGCCGAGGCGGCGGCAGACAGCGACUCCAACAAGCUGGAGUCUGUGAUCCAGCGGCUGGAGGAGAGCGUCCUGUCUGAGGAGAAGAGGCUGACGGUUCGGGGCCCCUCACCUGAUGCCCCCCCUGCAUGUCUGCCUGCACGAGUGCGAGAGAUCGUUACAAAGAACCUCAACGACAGCGCUGGGGCCAUGUCCUCCUCGGUUCUGUCCGUCCAGGAGGAGAACCAGGUUCUGCAGGGGGAGCUGGCCCGGCUGGAGGACCUGCUGGCGCACAGCCGAGCCGACCGAGAUGAGCUCGCCAUCAAGUACGGGGCGAUCAGUGAGAGGCUGGAGCAGGCGCUACGGUUUGAAACGGGAGAGGCCGACCAGGAUUCAGCCGAGUGCCGCAGCCUCGCCCAGCAGAACGUGGAUCUGCGCAGACGGCUGGACGAGGAACAAGCCGCCUACAAGCGCAAACUCACCGCGUACCAAGAGGGACAGCUGAGGCAGGCGCAGCUCGUGCAGAAGCUCCAGGCCAAGGUGCUUCAAUACAAAAAGAAAUGUGGGGAUCUGGAGCAGAUGCUGCAGGAGAAAUCUGUGGAGCUGGAGAAGCGCAGUGUGGAUGGCGGCAGUGAAACGUCAAACGGUCGUCAUACAGAUGAAGCGAGCAGCAACCUGGAGGAGGCUUUAAUCCGUCUGGAGGAAGAACAGCAGAGGAGCAGCAGCUUGUCUGCGGUGAACGCGAUGCUGAGAGAGCAGCUGGAGCAGGCUGGUCUGGCCAACGAGGCUCUCAGCCGGGACAUCCGCAGGCUCACUGCUGAUUGGACGAAAGCCAGAGAGGAGCUGGAGCAAAAGGAGUCGGACUGGAGGAGAGAAGAGGAGUCUUUCCACAGCUACUUCAGCAGCGAGCACAGUCGGAUGCUGAUGCUGUGGCGGCAGGUGGUCGGGUUCAGGAGGCACGUCUGUGAGAUGAAGAGUGCCACCGAAAGGGACUUGUCGGACAUGCGUAACGAUCUGGCCCGGAUGUCCCACUCAGCCCAAGUGUCCUGCGCUAGCCUGUCGGCUGCUCUGGACGAGCGGACGGGAGGUGCUGCUCUGGCUCUGGAGCGGGAAAAGGCCCUGAGGGUUCAGCUGGAGCAGCAGCUUCGGGAUCGAGUGGUGGAGAUGAUGAACUUUCAGAGCCGAUCGGACGCAGAGAGAAACGAGCUGAGCAUCAGGUCACUGGAGCAGUGCAGAGCUUCUCUCUCAGCCGCCGAGGAGAGUCGAGACCUCUUGAGGCGAGACCUGUCGGAGGCUGAACGUCAUCUGAGCCAGACUCAGGACUCAUCGGAAAACUACAGGAGGGAGGGGUCGGAACUGCGUCGCAGCCUCGGGGACGUCACCAAGGAGAGAGACGCUCUCAACCAAUCAAACACUCAGCUGAGAGAAGCUCUGCGAGGUGCAGAAACCGAGAGGAUCAGUGUGAAACGAUUGUGUGAAGAGAAGCAGCAGAAGCUGUCCGUGCUGGAGGAGAACUUCUUAUCCGCUCAGAAGGAGGUGACGGAGCUGCGGAGCUGCCUGAGAGAGGUUGAAAGGUCACGCCUCGAGGCUCGCCGGGAGCUGCAGGAGCUCCGCAGACAGCUGAAAGUCCUGGAUGGAGAGAAGGAGCAGAGGAGCAGGGAGGUGGCAGAGCUGCAGACUCGUCUGUCGCUGGAGGAGCAAAGAGAGGAGGAAAGGAUGAAGGAGGUUUUCAUCUUCAGACAGAAGCUCACUGAAGCUGAAACAGCCAGAGACUCCAUGAAGAAAGAGCUUUCUAUGACCCAGAAGCGUUUGAUGGAGUCUGAGUCAGCCUGGCACAGCUGUGAGAGGGAGCUGACUGCUCAGCUGCAGGACGUGCGAGGCUGUGAGAAGAAGCUCCAGGACGAAGCCAGGAACCUGUCGCUGCGCGCUCAGUCAGCCCAGGAUGAAGCCGCUCAGUCCAGCCUGCAGCUGAGCGAGGCGCAGGGUCGACUGGCCGCCACCGAGGCGGAGCUGACCCGAGCCGAGGCCGCCAGAAGGGAUCUGGAGUUUCGCCUCGCCAGCCUCCAGUCUGCGCUGACGAGAACGCUGGGCAUCGGAGCGAGCGGCAGAGGGCCCAGGGGGCGGAGCCCUGGAGGAAGCUCCACGUCACCGGGCGGUGUGUCAUGCCACCACAGCAUCUCUCCACUUCGGUCCUCACUGACACUCCCUAAAGAGUUUCGAGGAAGCACCCCUGACAACACCUUGUGCUCCGGAGCUGCGUCUCCUGAAAGAGGCGACACGCCGCUCCCCCUUCCUCACCCAGAGCUGGACUCCGACACGCUGCGAAGCGGCCUCAGAGACUUCCUCCAGGAGCUGCGGGACGCUCAGAGAGACCGGGACGAUGCUCGUUGCCAGCUGGGGGUGGUGCAGCGGGAGCUGGAGGAGCUGAAAGGGGAGCGAGACUCUGCUCAGAGUCGCCUCACUCAGCUGCAAAACACCUUGCAGGAGAUCCAAGAAGGGAAGCGCGGAGUGGAUGAGCGGCUGACCACCACCCAGAUUCUGCUGCAGCAGCAGGAGGAGGCGGUGAGAAGGGGAGACAGGGAGAGGAGAGCGCUCGCAGACAGGGUGAAGGAUUUAGAGCGGUCGCUGCAGACCUCAGAGACCGACAAGAAGCACACUCAGGAUCAGCUGAAUAAGCACCGUGCGGCUGAGAUGCGUCUGGAGGCAGAGAGGAAGCGUCUGCGAGAGGCGCUGGAGGUAGCCGAAGCUCGAGGCACCAGAGUGGAGCUGGGGAGGCGCAGCCUGGAGGGGGAGCUGCAGAGACUCAAACUGAGUCUGGGAGACAGGGAGGCUGAGAGCCAGACAUCUCAGGACCGCCAUGAUGCUUUGCUCAAACAGGUUGCAGAGGGAGAAACUCGUGUUUCCCUGCUGCAGAGAGAGGUGGACCGGCUGAGCCAGGCUCUGCUCAGAGCUCAGGAAGGCGACUCUGCGCUCAGAGAGAAGGCCGUGUCUCUCAGUCAGACCUUGCAGGAGGUGACGGCAUCUCACAGCAGCACGCAGAGUCGCCUGCUUUCCUUGCAGAAAGCGCUGAGUUCGUCUGAACAGGACAAAAGGCGGCUGCAGGAACAAAUGGAUGAAGCUCGAGCAGAGUUAGCAGAACUAAAGAGAAGCGUGGUGACCCUCACUGAGCGCGUGCAGAACCUGCAGGGCGAGCUGAAUCAGAGCGAGCAGCGGCGAGAAGAACUGGAGUCUGAGCUCAGCAACGCCCACGAGGCUCUGCGUCAGCGCGCAGCGAGUCUCAAAGAGGCUCAGCGCAGCGUCCAGUCGGCCCAAACCGAGCGGGCUGCUGUCGAGGAGCGACUCCACAGUCUGCAAAGAGCGGUCGCCCUGCUGGAAACAGAAAAAAAAGAUGCAGAGAGACAGGCCGUGAGGCUGGAGAAAGACAAGAACGCACUGAGGAACAAGCUGGAUAAGGUGGAGCGCCAGAAGCUGAAGUCUGAGGAGGGCAGCAUGCGUCUGUCUGCAGAAAGAAGCCGCCUGGACCGCUCCCUGAACACAGCAGAGCAGGAGCUGCAGGAGUCGCAGCAGCAGAUAUUACUGCUGCAGACUCAGCUGGCUGACACGGAGCAGGCCCACGCCCUGUGUGAGGGUUUGGUGCGGCAGCGCGACGAGGCUCAGCGGGAGGCGGAGAGGCUGAGGAGCAGCCUCAGAGACGUGGAGCGAACGCUGGGAACCAGAGAGCGAGCUCACCGACACAGAGUCAAAGGCCUGGAGGAGCAGGUUUCCACCCUGAAGGAGCAGCUGCAGCAGGAGAUGAAACGAUGGCAGUCCUCUCUUCCUCCCUCCUUACUGUCGACAGGAAACUGAAGGGAACCCAUCGCUCGUCAUUAAUGUCUCACUUCUAACCAACUAGUCGUCUAACUCCAACUCUGCUGUCUGUUCUUGAGUCAAAUUAACACUACUGUCAUUUCAAAGGUCGCUUUAUUGCUCAUUUGAGAUUGUAAAAACAAUAAACGGAAGCACAAACAGGUGAUUCAGCAGCUGCUUCAAACAUCUGCAGACUGCAGGUUACAGAAAAACAUCUGUAACUUGCCUUGACUCAACAUCUUUACACACCUUAUGCUACAGUUAAAGAGAAAUCACGAGGUUUGGACAUAGUG